GCCAGUUACAAUUCUCUUAUGCUUUAUGGUUAACCACUUACUUUGCCUAGUGUAUUUUUUUAUGUGUUAAAACCCAGUGUUUAAAUCAACAGUUGUGGUCUUUCCAUGAUCAGUCUGGCAAUAACACCAGUUAUUUGCCUCUUUCAGAAAUUGCAACAGUAUUAUAGUACAUAGAGUAGAGUUCUAAUUUUUCAUCAUUUUAUUUAAUUUGGUGCUAACGCAGUACAGGACAGUACAAUAUUGGAUAAAAAUUACCUAAAAUGAUGGAGAUCCCUACUUGAAAUAAAAUAGUUUUUUUAGUAUGCUAAAUAUACAGAGCAUCAAAAGAAACUUAUCACUAUUAUAACACAUUUAUUUUCAAAAAAAUAAGGUAUAUAAAUAAUGGACAUUGACAAAAUGUUUUUGGUUUCUUUUUAAUCACUCGAUCAUUCAUCCUUGACCAUGACACGCUUGAGUGACUAUGACUGAAGCAUAUGCACUUAAUCACCUAAUUCGAGAGACAGUUGAUUGGACACUGGCUAUGGAGUGAUUUCAGCUGUUGAAUCAAUUGCAAUUAAUUGCAAGCUUGAAUAAAAGUAAUAAAGAAAAACAAUAUGCCACCUCUGUCAAGAGAGCAGCGCCUUCGUGCAAUCGGCAUGUUGGAGACUGGACUAGGGCAGUGUACAGUGACUCACCGUCUUGGGUGCUCACAGCCAGCAAUUUCAAACCUGACGCGAUGGUAUAACCAGACACACUCUGUCAAUGACAGGCCACAAACUGCUAGACCAAGAGUCACAGCACCUACCCAAGAUCGACAGAUCAUUUUGUAGCAUCUUCGUGAUGUCAGUUGUUAAUCGGCACAAUAAAAAGUCACUGCACUUGCUCUAAAACAGAGUUUGUAGUUUUUCGAUCACAUCUAGUGAAUUUUAUCCAAAUAUAAGUUUCUUUUGAUGCUCAGUAAUAUAAAGAUUAGUGGCCACUAGGGGGCAAAGUGGGACGGACCCUUUCCCCAGUGGUGACAGGCUGCUAGAAUAAAUAGGUAAUAUGUUACACAAUGUAAUGGCCCAUCACCUGUUAAAGUUGUUUAAAAAAAAUAAUAAAACAAUUGUAAGCAUAUAUUAUAAUGGCCACACUGAUCUAAAUGUUUAAUAUUGCAUUUAAAUUGUUUACUGCGUUUUUCCUGCUCUCUGUGUGCAGCUAGCAUGCGUCUGUGGUUAAUGACAUCAUUUGACAGAUCUAGGUUCCUCAUUUUGGUAGAACCCGCUUACCAGAAGAAAUCGGUCUCUGGCAUGGUUCUUUUCUGAUAUUGCGCUCUGUCAACAAGCAAUCAUUCAUUCUGUUUUAAUAAUCAACUUGUAAAAGUCAGCUGUCAUAAUCUGCAUAUACCAGUACAGCUUUGUGGUUUGUUUUGUGGAUCAGUUGAAAGUUUUUGAAAAUAAGAAGAAACUUGCUAUAAGAAGCCCUGUUGUGUCAAAGAGGAUGACAGAGUCCCAUUUCAAAGAUGCUUUCUGGAGUUCUGAUUUCACCAGCCAUACUGGGUAUGAAGUUGUGGUGCAGAGACUGCAUGAAGGCCGGCGGGUGUGCAAAGAUAUGGAAGAGUUGCUGAAGAUGAGGGCGCUGGCUGAAGAGAAAUACGGCAAGGAGCUAGUGACGAUAGCCCGCAAAGCGGGAGGACAGACUGAGAUCAAUACUCUGAGGACGUCCUUUGACACGCUUAAAACACAAAUAGAGAAGGUUGGGCAUUUGCACAUCCAGCUGGCUGUUAUGUUAAAGGAAGAAAUAAAGAGAAUGGAGCAAUUCAGGGAGAGGCAGAAAGAACAGAGGAAAAAGUUUGAAGGAGUUAUGGAAAAAAUUCAGAAGGCUAAAGUCUCUUUACACAAGAAAACAUUAGAGUCCAAGAAGAGCUAUGAACACAAGUGUAAAGAGGCUGAUGAAGCUGAGCAGGCUCAUGAACGGAUAAACAGCACACUGACAGCCACCCCAAAGCAAGUAGACAAGGUGCAAAACAGGGCAAAGCAGUGCAGGGAGGCAGCGAAUGAGGCAGAGAAGCAAUAUAAAUCCAAUAUAGAACAGCUGGACAAUAUUCGGCAAGACUGGGAACAGACCCAUGUGAGCACUUGCGAGGUGUUCGAGCAGCAGGAAGUUGACCGGAUUAACAUCCUGAGGAACUCAAUGUGGGUUCACUGUAACCACUUCUCACUGCAGUGUGUGACGGAUGACGAGAUGUAUGAGGAGGUGAGGAAGACUCUGGAACAGUGUGAUGUAACUGCUGAUAUCAACAGCUUUAUCCAGACAAAAGCCACUGGGACCAGUCCGCCAGCUCCAAUACUUUACAUUAGCUACUACGAGCAACAGGGCGUUGCUGACAGCAAUGGAAGUUUGCGUUCGGCAGGGGGAGGAGUGAUGAAAAGGUUUUCAAAUCUACUACCGGGACACUGCAGUGGCUCAAGGCAAGAUAUCAAUGAAGCAGAUUACCCUACAGCACCCCCUACAGAUGAAAAAGUAGACGGAGUUUACGCUGCUAUACCUGUCCUUCGAGGUGGAGCGCAAGCAAACACUGAUUCUCUAACAAUGGGCUACAAGGUGUUGUAUGAGUACACUGCACAGAAUGACGAUGAGCUGUCCAUAGCGAUGGGAGACGUUGUGGAAGUGAUCGAGCAAGGGGAGGACGGGUGGUGGAUAGUGACCAGGAAUGGAAACCAAGGACUCGUCCCGGGAUCCUAUCUGGAGAAGAUUUGUGGAAGCCACGUGGCAUGAGGAGCUUGAGCCUGCCUAAAGCCAUAUGUUUAUAAAUAAUGCACUUAAGUUAUUUUGAACAUUGGUGCACUGGCUGGCCAAAAAAAAAAGAGAAUACACAUGCAAUCAAAGUGCGCCAUGUGAUCAACUGUAUUGAAUGUACACUAAUAUCAGCUGUGUUAGAGUGGUGUGCAACUAUUCAGCAACAAUCAUUGAAAAGGAUCUUGGUGACUUCACAAGGGAUGUGAUAGCAGGUGCCUAUGCAUUGAACUACAUGUCUGUCAGGACUGUCUUCAGGUGUACCUGGAAUGACAGUGUCUGCAGAUAACCGUCACCGGAACACAGUAGUAAUGACAGAUUCAUCCCCAAGAUGUGUGCAAUUUAUUGUGACAUGCGACAGAAGUGAUAGUGUCCCAAAACAAUAUAACCUUCAGCACUGGACAAGACAAGCCUGUUUCAAACAAAGCACAGGGAACUAUCCACACUGAAGGCCAGUCUCUAAUAUUUUGGCCAGCCAGUGUAUGUAUUAUCCAUUUUGAAAUGAACCUAGACCUUGCUACAGUACCAUUCAUGUGAUCAUGCACACUGAAAUCAGUACAUGAGGUGUUGCUUGUACAGUACUUUUUGUUGUUGCUUUCCUUCAGACGCCUGGCAGUACCAGUAUAAAGAGUCAGUAUUGCAGCUUCUUAAAAGUGUUUCCUCAGCAGUAUACCCCAAGGUGAGUCUGCCUUUUGUUCACUGGUUCUCUCAUGGUAGGGGUCUGCUGUGCCCAAGACCACUUGCAAAUGUGCACCUACUGUUAUCUGCAUUCAAAUCCAGCCCUUCUUAAAGGUGUAGUCUCGUAAAAUUCAUUUCUCUUCCCUUUUUUAGCUCCGGAGCCUUUUUCCGCUGCAUUGUGUUUCUCCUGCAUUAUGCAUUUUCUUAAUUUUGAAAUGUUAAAGGUGUAAUGCUGUAGAGCAGCUCUCUAUCCUCGAUACUGUUCCACGCCUCUUUGAGACUCCCUAAGGAAGGAAAGUGGAUUUUAAAACCUUAGUUAAAAACCCUUUGAGCAAUACAAUUAGAAUGUGACAACUGUAGCUUUAUUAAUAAAUAAAAACAAUCCAAUUAUUUAGAUUUUA